UAUCAAACACACUCGCUCGUGUUUUCUCGCUACAUCACUUUGACCUUUGCUUUGAUUUUUUACUGCCUGUAGGGGGAACUGGCCGUGGCUUUGAUCAGUCGCUCUUGUCAGACGUGUGGGUGUGUUUUAUUUACUCUGCAGAGCCGCGCUGCAGGUGUGCAGGACUCUUCUACGGCGCCCGCUGCGAGCUGGCAGACAACCCAUGUGCCUCCCAGCCAUGUGCCCACGGCGAGGAGUGUGUACCCAAGGCUCCAGGUUACAUGUGCAACUGCUCGCUGGACAAUACCGAAGCAGGGUGCCAUCAGGUAAAAAGUGUUGUAUCUCCAAUGAUUGGUUAUGUGGAAAUCAUGGAGAUCAGUGCCAGCGUGCUUGGAUUACUCUUCUUGGUUGGCGUCUUCGUUUGCAUCAGGAAACGUUAUGUUCAGCAGAAGAAGAAAAGGCCCGUCUGUGUCCAGGACUCCAAUGGCUAUUUCACGCCCUGUCUGUCCAAGAGCCUCAAAGCCAAAAACCAAGAAGUCAACCCUAUUGAGAUGAACACAUUGGUCGGUCCCAUCAACGACCUCGACCACACGCCAUUCAGGUCACUUCGCCCAUGCAGCCAGAUCAUUUCAUCAGGAGGCGGGGUUUCCUCUCCAAAGACACAGGGACCGGUAGUGUGCAGUGUUGCCCCCAACCUCCCCACCAGACCGCCGUCCAGCUCAGACAAUGACUCCAUCAGGAAGAACCACUGGGAUAUGGACUACGAAGUUUAUCCAGCUGACCCAGACUACUAUGGCCGCCCAGCAGUUCAGGAGUUCCCUCAGUUUGACAUCGUAGAAGACACCUACUCCACCUCCACCAUGGACUCGCGGAGGAACUCUCGAUUCGGUGGCUUCCCGUUCCCGCUAGAUCGCUGUGACCGUCGCGCUCCCCUACCGCCCUGCUACAGCAACCAGAACCUGGACGACUUCCUGGGUCCCGACGGGCUUCCUCUUCCCAGCUCCCAGUGCCCAACGAGUACACCGCCAUCAGCUAUUACCCAACGCAGCACACCCGCAGCCUCGAUAACGUCUCGGGAGGAUACAAGAGACUCAGCAUGCGUCUGAGUGUGGCUAUGCCAUCGUAUGCAGAGCAGGCCAGCCCGCCGCCGCCGGCGAACUCCGCUCAGCCUCAAACGCGGCAAGCAGGACAGAACCCGCGCAGCUAUGACGAGUCGAGCAUUGUGGAGAGCGAUUAUGGGAGCUGCGAGGAGGUGAUGUUUUAAGUUUUGUUUUGAAGCCUUGUUCUUUCCGGUGAUUAUUCACUUUUAGUUUCAUAUGGGAACCUAAGCAGUACAAGUACACGCCACUAUGUUCUACUACUCCAUUCUAAGGCAGGUUUGUGUAAAAGUACACUUCUCAGAUGGGACUCUUUGAAACUAAUGAAGAGCAGCUCAGCAGUCUCUCACUGUGAGAGAGUCUUUUUUUUUUUUUUCCCCAUUCUGACAGAGAUGAAAGCACCAUGUGAAACAAAAGUUCAGAUGUCUUUCAUUUGUUUGACUUGCACCAGACUAGACCGGGUAAUUUCAAGAACCCCUCGGUUACCUCCGCGGAAGAGGUUCAGCAGAAGUUCAUCCCUUUAUCUGAGAGACGCCGCCGAGAGCGCUCGUUAACUUGUUAUGGGUUGUCAAAUCGUGAACAGUAUUACUGCUUGACUGCUUCAAAUUCAGAAUAAAGCAAAACAAGACGUUUUUUAAGCUUCGACGUGGGACAACCGACUUCUAGAGGAGGAAUAUGCCAAACACCUGCGUAGCAAACACACAUUUCACUUCUCACCCUUGUCUAAAAAGAAAACCAUUCCAAAAACAUCAAUUUCAGAUAAUGGUAUGUUUCUGAUAAUGGUAUGUUUACUACACACCAUAUGAUGUGAUUGAACGUGAGAAUGCAGACACGAGGAAAAUGCAGUUGCAACUUGGCAUUCAGACAGAGUACAUACAGAAAGGCCUUUGUGAUUAAAUCCGGACAGAGCUUUGGUGAGGACUGUUGCAAUGUAUGAAAUGUAAAUGACCAAUGGGGUUUAUCAUAGCCACAUUCUGCUGGAUAGGUCAUAAAAGAACUGAAUAUCAGAAAAACACACUGGUUUAAUGUGUGUCUAAUGUUGGCCUACUAUUUCAUAUUUAAAACGUAUUAAAAAGACGCAGGAUAAAUAUUUCAUUGAAUUUUAAUCUGCUUACUGUUGCUCUUGUUUAUUGUUGUUGUUUGUUACAAUGAAACGGGGCUGGAUCCUCAUUUAAAAAAAAAAAAAAAAAAAAAAAAA